CCCAGCUGGACGGUGCGGUGCUUCUUUGGUCCGCCAUUGACUCGCAGUCGUCUGUCAAUCCGAAUCGCCUGUCAGUGUGAGGAGACGACAGCAUUAGCGAGUGGUUACUGGUUCUUCUUCCUUGUGUGUAAUUGAGAGCAGUAUCACGAAAACAGUAUCCAAUUUUACAAGUUUCUUUUUAGGAGCAGAAAAUGUCUCGCAUUACAUUUGAGGAUCUUGAAGCACUGGAUGAUGAUGAUUUCACAGAGGAUAAUUCAGAACCAAUGGAUGAGGAGGAACAGGAUAGGCUGUUCUCUCAUUGGCAGUCGGUGGCCAGUACUCACCAGGUGUCAAUUCCUGCAGAAAUGGCAGGACCUAUUCAGCAAAUGACUAGGCAAAGCAAUGCAAGGGAACCAGUUCCAUUUGCUACAUUAUCUCGUCAUGAAAAGCUGGAUGAAGUUGUUUAUGAGGAGCGCAUGUAUCCUGCUGGGAAAUGGGCAUGUGUAACCAAGGGUGAGGAAUUAUAUGAGCAGAGUAUCUCUAUGGCCUUCAUGAAGCUGAUGCGUUAUAUCUGCAAGGAAAAUUCUGCAGGUCGUUACCUGGGAAUGACAGUACCAGUGCUGAAUGAAAUCCAGAUAUCAAAAGAUGGGAAAAGCUUUGUUCGGGAUAUUUUGACAGCGUAUUACUUGCCAGCAGAAUUUCAGCAGGAUCCUCCAGAACCUCUUGAUCCAGAUAUUGUAAUAGUGCAGAGAGAACCGGUGAGAGUAGUUACAAGGGUGUUUUUUGGUACCACCACAGAGGAGACUAUAUCCAGGCAGAUCAGCUCACUCUGGGAACUAUUAGAGUCCACUGAAGACUUCCUUAGAGACACCUACAUAGUUGCUGUGUAUGAAAACCCAGGGAUUCCGUGUCGAAGAAAUGAGAUCUGGUUUAUUCGACGUGAUCAGUAGUGCCCCAUGCACAUGUAUUCCCUUCACUGUAUUAAGUGUUGAGUGUAUUAGGCAGAUUAAUAAUCAAGUCUGCUUGACAAAACACACUAGUUACUAUGAAAGGAAGUAUUCAGAAGAAAAUUGGGUUUGCUUGUCUGUAAAGAAGUUUCUUCCAGCUUGGGUUAACAUUGCAUCACUAUGUACUUUUCAGUUUUCAAGCAGCUGAUGUGAAAUUUAUAACACUAGUACAUGUUGAUAGACUUUCUUUGUGAGGUGGUGGUUGUUCUUUCUUUAGAUAGAUAGAACAUUUUUCCCUAGGGGGAAAUUUGGCUUUUAAAAGAAGCUUAAAAAAUAAAUCAUUUUAUUAUUAUAAUGUGACAAACAAUAAUCCACUCUCAAAUAUACACCAGAAUGACAUAAAAGAAAUUAAAUUAGAAAUUAAAAAGUAAAAAAACAUCUGACUUGGCAGUUACAGUCUCAUUAUACUGGCAUAUUGCUGUUUUGUCAUGGUUUUCAAGAUUAUUUAUAUUCUUCCUUUGCUUAUUUGUCAUCUUUUCUGGAGUUAACAAAAAGUACCAAUCCUAAGGAAUAAUUUGAUUAGCGAUUUACACCAAGUUGCUAAUUUUUGAUAGUUGGUUUAACUGAAUUUUGUCUCAGUCCUCCCAGCUAUUAAGUCAAUUUUAAAGAGCUGACAACAACAGGAGAAAGGGACACAUUUAUAAAAUGAAUAUUAUAUUUGAACUGACGAAGGAGUAGCAUACCACACAAGACAAGUCUAUGUACACACAGUUUGAGUUAUAGUAGCUGUGAUUAUUUUUGAUUAGUACUGACUUGUAAUUUUAUUUUGUUGUGAUGCUAGUGUUAACUUUCAAGUGCCAUUCAUCAUUCAUUAAAUGGAUAGGAAAUUUAUUUACCAGAUGUUACCUGACAAUGAUUUGGUGAAGCUUGAAAGUAAUUAUACUAACAAUUAUGCUUCUUAUUCUUCUGAAUGUUGUAAAGAUGAGAAAAUUAAUUUUAUAUCUGCAUUCUUUGAUCCUUGUAACUUGAGUCACCAUGACUCCAGAUCUCUUCUGCAUUUAGACUUUCUUAGUAGUAUUUAUCCAUAAGUGUCAGGUGUUUAAUCGAUUCAGAAUAACAUUUCCUAGAAAGUCUCGUGACCAAAAAGCAUUUCAAAAAGGAAGACAGCAUCAGCCAGUCAAAAUGCUUAGAAAAGGAAAUGCUAUUUAUUAGAAUCAAAUAUGGGACCAAAGAAAACAAUAAGUAAAAAUUGAGUUCAGAAGCAAUAUCAGAACAUCCUCAGAUUGUACUGGUAGGUUAUGAAUAUACUGUAGUUUAUAUUUCCUUUUUUUUUGUUUUCAGUAGUCUUUUUUUUGUUCAAGUGUUUGGAUGUAAAGCACAGCCUUGUGACACAAUGCCAUAGUCAUAUUAUUAAUUGUUUAGAAAACCUAGUAAUAUGUCUAAUGAUGAAAAAAAACACUGACCAGCUAUAUGGUUUUCUGCCUUAGUGUGGCUUUGAUAAUCUAUUUUGAAGAAUACGUAUUAUAUAUUUUAAAGAUAUCAAAAAAUAAUUUUGAUUAAAUGAGACCAUAAAUACUUUGUAAAUACUGAAUAAAUUUAGAAAGGGUAUUUAAGAAUACACAUUUUUAUUCAAGCAGAUUUUAAACUGCAUUGUUAGCAGAGGAAAAAUGGAAGGAAUCAAAAAUACACUUUUAGUAGCAAAAAUCUAUUCAUUAGUCUAACAGACUGUAAUCACUACACUGUGUGGAAUAUUUUGCCUUCUUGUUAUUUUUCAUAUAGCUGUACAUACUUUUUUAUUAAAUGUUAAGUGUUCCUUUUGGUACCAGAUAUGUAAAUGACAUAUAAAAUUAACAGUGUAAAUGCAGAUAUGUGUAAUCGUUGAACAGUCAGGUAUUAAACUAAAAGUAAUUUAAGAGUCAAUCUUAUAUUAAUGUUGCAGCUCUAAUCUCUGUUUAUAUGAGGGUAAAUCAAAAAAGGAAAGGCCAUUUGAAAAUUACACAGUAACCGAAAUGGAUAGACGCUGACACAGCAUGUUUGCAUUGGCUAACGGGUAGUUUGAACACACAAAGCACAGCUGUAUGCUGUAAGUCUAGUUGAAACCAAGGUCAAAUGAAUAUGGAAGCUCCAUUGCGAGAUUGCACCAUUGUUGAAUAACACACCAUAGUGAGAUUUCUUUGGGCAGAAGGAGUGAAACCUGCUGAAAUGCACCAAAGUAUGUUGGCUUGUGUAGAUCAGUAAGCUCUCUGGGUACCCAUCUUGUACAAAAUUAAUGGUACCCCAAGUCAUCAUGCAUUAUGGCGUGUGCAUAUCCAUAGCUGAUAUCUAAAUGUGCAGCAAGAGCAGACAACGUAAUCCAUUGGUCUUUUUUGAUGAAGGCAUUCUGGUUGAUGGUCGAUCAGAUUUAGCUUCUUCGGUUACACUUCGUUCAUCCUGCUUUGAACCUUUCUAUCCAUUCAUUUACUGUUCGUUGAGUCAUGCUGUUUUCAUUUCCUUACUGAGCCAACAUUCUUAUGUGAAUUUCAUUGAUUUUGUAGGUCUGUGUAAUGAUUUCCUUAAACAAAUACUAUGCUAAUGUGGUUAUUUAGUGCUACAGGUACAUGUCACUUUAGCGUCCUUUUAGGCUAGUGGUUCCCAAACUCCACCCUGUGACUACAGGUUUUUGUUCCAACCAACUUCUGUUUUAUAUUGGACUUCUACCCUAAUUAAGUGAGCUGCACUUUCCCAGUUUUUGUGUUUUAGGUGUAAAUGUAGAAAUUACAAAACUAAGUUUGGUAUAUUUUUAUUAAAUUUGUACUCGGCAGUUUUAUGGGGAUAAUGUAGGUUUGUGUGUGUGUUUUAACUUUUUAAGAAUAUUUUCAUUCUGCUCUUCCAGAUGUUCUAUUUAUUUAAUCCAUUAUUUACCAAUUAUUAGGUCUGAUGUUGAAGUAGCUGCAGCCUUUCAUCAUUCUGUGCUGUUUGCCCAGGUGUCUGGUCUGUUUGUUUGUAAUUGUCAUUAUCAGGAUACAAUGAAGGGAGCAAACUACAUAGAAAAAGGCAAAAUAAAGGAAAACAGCGAACAGAGAGUUAAGCAUUUAAAGCUUAAGCAAAAAGUAGAAAUAUUUGUAAAUGUAUUGUAAAUGUAAAAAAACACACUUUGUACUUUUUUGAUUG